CUCCGGUGCUACGUGCUUUCUUUGUCAAUGAGGCGCUGUUCUGAGCUGCAGUAGCACUCGCGGCCGGAGCCGGAGCCUAGCGAUCGAGCGAACCAGCAGGGACAGAGACCCCGGCGUAGGGGCGGCGGCGGGUGGCCCGUUGCACAAGGCAGGGCCGCGGGGUUCCGCGUCUCGCAGCCUCGCGCUCGGGGUGCAAUAUCCAGCCCCGGAGAAGGGACCCGGGCGCCGCCCGUCCCACCCUCGCCGCACCGUGGGAACCCCAUGCGGCGCCGGUCCCCGCGCGCGUGAAGCCGCGGCUCCGCCGAGUCCGCCCCGGACCGAGGCAGGACGAACGAGCGGCUGCGCCUCCCGCCUCCCUCCGGGCCAUGGCCGGAGAUGCCCUGUGAGGAGCGGUGCGCCGAGGGCUGGGCUCCCCGGCGCGGUGUGGAACGAGGCAGCGGCCUGGAUGUGUGAACUGUCCCUAUGGCUCUGCAGGAGGUGAAGCCCCAGGGCCCGAGCGAUGCUGGGCCGACGGCGCGGGAGCCCAGGGACCGGCCCCGGGAGCGUGGUCUCUGCAGGGCUGGCGGGAUCGCCGCGCUCUUCCAGGGCGUGAGGAGCUCCGGGGCCCCCGGGUCCCAGGACGCGCCGCCUCUGCGGCCGCUGCUGCUGGGACUCUUGCUGCUGGCUGCCCUUCCCGGGCACUGCUGGGCCGACUCGGGGACAGACAAUCUUCAGAUACACGUCGCUCCGACCUCAGAGUCCUUUCCUCUCGGGAAAUUGUUACCAAUUUCACCAACAUGGCCUUUCUUGGAAGUCAAGUCUUCCUCAGCAGUAGAUGGAACCAAGAAUGUUCUGGGACAGCCUCCUGACAACACAAGCGUGUCACAGCUCUCCCAGACACCUCUGUCCAAGGCACGCCACAGGACCAGGGCUCGUGUGGACUUCUCUUCGUCCCUUUACCAAGGAAGUGGACACGGCGCCUCCCUAGACCGUGCCAAGGACUCCACUGAGACUGUGGUCCACGCAGGGCCUGGAGGGGGAGGAGAAGCAGCGGCCAUGCCAGGUUUGCCUCGUAGCAGCAUGCAUCCCCCAUUGCCUACAGCUCCAUCAGACACCUUCAGUGCGGCUUCCCCAUCCCAGCCUCGGGUGGGGACUCCCUCCCUCUCAAAGCAUCCCUUGAGGCCAGACAGCCCUCCACGCCUCCCUCCACCACCAUCAUCUUCAUUGGCCCCUGAUUCACCUCAUUCCAUCACCCCUCCCACAUCUAUAGAGCUUCCCACCAAAGUGCCUUUGUUUCCCCAAGUCACACCAGCUGAUUCCUCUUCAGGUCAGAGCCUAGUUAAUGUCCUAAACCCAUUUUCUCACAAAACAAACCACUUUCCAUCCAGAAAUGCCUGGACUCCCAUAGGUACCCCUCCUCUAGACUUUUCUAGAACCUCAACAGAGCAGUACUCUGAGCUGUCCCUAGCAGGGAGCCCCCACUCAACAGGUUCCCCCACUCCUGGGGUUCUGAGCUCUGUGGCAGAACUGGACCACAUGUCUCUCCCUUCCCUAGCCCCUGGAGGCUUUCCAGGUGGAACCUCCUCAUGGUCCAUGUUGGAAGAGGGUUUGAGUUCUGCAUCCACCCAGCCAGUCCACACAGCAGGGGCUGUCAGAGGGAGCAGUGGGGUACCACUGCCAGUUAAUCUGAGCACAGCGGCAGCAAGCUAUGAGACUUGGCCUCUACAUUUCCAGACUGCAGAGUCAGUGAUGAGCAGCAGAGAGCUAGCCCCUGUUCCUCCUGCAAAUAGCCCCACCAACUGGUCACAUUUGUCAGAAGCUCCGGAGCAUUCCAGGAAGCCCACCCUCUCCCCAAAACACAGCCUUUCCUCUUUGCUGCCUCCUCUGUCUCCAACUGCACCCAGCCAAGGGCAAAUGGUCCCUUCUGAGGCAGCUCCUGGAUCACCACAGAAGGGGACAGGUGCCCUUCCCUCCCUGCUUACUGUCCUCCAGCCCACUAGAGAUCAUGCCUCCCCAGCCCCUGUGCCAGAGGCUUUCACUCCCCAUGAAGAUGGCCACGAUGAAUACCUUCCUGAGGCAGCUGUGCACCUCCUCUCAAGCAAACAUCCCAAUCUUCCUCCUACAAUUUGGACAUUUCCUCAGCAAAAAGAGGACAGGGUGACGGCCACUUUCAGAAAAAAUGAAAAGGCAAAAGGGACAGUUCCUCUGUGGGCCCUUCCAACUAAAGAGGCUUCAAGUCUUCAGGCAGCGAAUGGAUUUACCUCUGAUUUUAACACAGGUCCUAUUUCACCUCUCAUCAAGACAGCGCUAAGAACAGACCUUUCUCCUUCAGGGCCACCUUCAUCAUCCAGGCUCUCCAAUCAAGCCCCUCAGGCAGGUUCUCCUCCAGGCUCUUCCAGCACCAAGCUGGAGACUCUCGCAGCUGUCACAAGCCUGUCGGUGUUGCCAGCUUCAGCUUCCAAACAGGUGGCAGCAUUUCCCUCCUCCACCAAGGUCUAUGAUUUCCCAACAGUAGGAGGUGCAGGAAAGCCAGCAGCCACAGAUGCUUUCUGGAGCUCUCCUUCAGCAGAAGCUGCAUCCCUCUCCACACAAUCGACCGUAUCUGGCUUGCCGUGGCAAACGGAUCAUGAUUUAAACCAUCACACAAUUAGCUCCAUAAGUUGGGAGCCUCAUUCAGCCUCAGUGACUCCUCCCAGCGGUACAACUUCAGCUGCCAAUGAGAGACAGUCUCAGAAUUUCAAAGAGGCUCUUGGGCAGCUAGUGACUACAGACAGCUUUAACUUUCAGGAGCUAGUCUUCAGCCAAAGGGGCAAUCAGCCUCUCCAACCAUCAGAAGGGGCCACAGCUGAAAGCCACACAGACCUGUGGCUCACAAGCAAGCAUCCCAGAAACUUUGACACAGCAAUCGUUGAUUAUUACCCACCCACAAGUCAGCAUCCUAAGUGGCAGCUGCCUCUCCGGCCAGCCCAUCCUCUUUGGGCAACUUGGCCAAGUUUAGUUUCUGCAGCUAGCUUGCAGCAAAUGCUUUCAGAUGGAACAGACACAGAUUCACAAAUUUCCAGUGACACCUAUCUAUCACCAGGAAAAAAUGGCUUCCUCCAAUCCCAGAGUGUCCUGCAAUAUCAUUCAACUACGGACUCAACCUCUGUAUCAACUGGAGCCUUUUCCAGGACCCCCUCCAAAGUGCUGCGAACUUCUCGGCGCCCCAAGAAAUGGACAGGUGCAGCCACUAAUGCAGUGGAAAGCUCAGUGUCACCCAAGGGAGAACUGACAGCAACAGCUGCAGCUGCCGCCACCACCACAUUGUUUCUGAGGAAGUCAACCCCGGCAGCGUUGUCCGCAGCCCUCACUGCUAAGGGCGCCGGCAGCGGCAGCAGUUUAUCCAAGAGCAGUCUGACCACGGCUCUAGCUAAAAAUGUCACCAACAAGGCAGCAUCAAGCCCAAAGGUGACAGCUGGGACAGUCCACACUGCCUUCCCAUUUACACCAACCUAUAUGCUUGCCCGGACGGCCCACAGCAUGAGCACACAUACAGCCACACAAGGGACCAUGGGCUCUGCGUCAGGCCUGUUGUCCACAACUCAUUUCCCCAAGAAACCACAAGCCAUGCACACUGGCCUCCCCAAUUCCACCAGGCCAGACACACCCAGAGCCUCCACAACCCGCCCACUGACAAUCACAGCAGCACUGACAUCCAUUACAGCCUCAGUAAAGGCCACGAGACUGCCAUCUUUGCAGACAGGAAACACAGAUGCUGCUUUCCCGGCUGUGUCUACCGCAGUGGUCACAACUGGCAGGAUAGCAUCCAACUUGGACUGUCAGAUGUCCCACAGGCUCCUAGUGAAGACAGUUCUCUUCCUAACCCAGAGGAGAGUACAGAGCAGCGAGUCCUUGAAGCUUGGUGUAACCAAAGGGCUCACACAGGCAUUGCGGAAGGCCUUCCGCCAGAAUGAUGUCUCCGCUCACGUGGACAUCCUGGAAUAUUCUCAUAACGUCACAGUCGGCUAUUAUGCUACCAAAGGGAGGCUGGUGUAUUUGCCUGCUGUGGUGAUGGACGUGCUGGAUGUGUAUGGAGUCAGCAACUUCACUGCCGACCUGAAGCAACACACUCCCACCUUACAGUCUGUGGCGGUGCUCGCCUCCCCGUGGAAGCCCCAGCCUGCAGGUGCCUUCCAGCUGAAGACAGUGUUGCAGUUUGUAAGCCAGUCAGACAACAUUCAGUCCUGCAAGUUUGCCCAGACAAUGGAGCAGAGGCUGCAGAAGGCAUUCCAGGAUGCAGAGAGGAAGGUCCUUAACAGCAGGAGCAACCUGACGCUUCAGAUUGUGAGCACGUCCAAUGCCUCCCAGGCCGUCACAUUGGUGUAUGCUGUGGGCAAUCAGAGCUCGUUCCUCAACGGUACUGUGGCCAGCAGCCUCCUUAGCCAGCUCUCGGCAGAGCUGGUGGGAUUCUACCUCACUUACCCUCCACUCACCAUCGCUGAACCACUGGAAUAUCCCAACCUUGAUAUAUCAGAAACAACCAGAGACUACUGGGUCAUCACAGUGCUCCAGGGCGUGGACAACUCGCUGGUGGGCCUGCACAAUCAGAGCUUUGCCCGGGUCAUGGAGCAGCGCCUAGCCCAACUGUUCAUGAUGUCCCAGCAACAGAGCCGGCGGUUUAAAAGGGCCACCACCUUGGGAAGCUAUACUGUGCAGAUGGUAAAGAUGCAGCGAGUGCCAGGACCAAAGGACCCAGCAGAGCUGACGUACUACACACUGUACAACGGGAAGCCACUGCUGGGGACCGCAGCAGCCAAGAUCCUGAGCACCAUCGACUCCCAGAGGAUGGCCUUGACCCUGCAUCACGUUGUCCUUCUACAAGCUGACCCCGUUGUGAAGAACCCACCCAACAACCUGUGGAUCAUAGCUGCAGUGCUGGCACCCAUCGCUGUGGUCACUGUCAUCAUCAUCAUCAUCACUGCUGUGCUCUGUAGGAAGAACAAGAAUGACUUCAAGCCGGACACCAUGAUAAACCUGCCUCAGAGAGCGAAGCCCGUGCAAGGCUUUGACUAUGCCAAGCAGCAUCUGGGCCAGCAAGGGGCAGAUGAGGAGGUCAUCCCUGUGACCCAGGAAACAGUGGUUCUUCCCAUACCUGUCAGAGAUACUCCUCAGGAAAGAGAAACGGCUCAAGAUGGGAGCACCAUCAAGACGGCUAAGUCCACUGAAACCAGAAAGAGCAGGUCGCCCAGUGAGAAUGGCUCUGUCAUCAGCAACGAAUCAGGAAAGCCCAGCUCAGGGAGGCGCUCACCCCAGAAUGGAAUGACACAGCAGAAAGUGACAAAGGAGGAGACCAGGAAGAGAAAUGUGACAGCAAGUGAUGAAGAGGAGGGAGCAGGUCUCUUUGACGGCGCUGGCAAGGCAGCAGCAGAGCCCUUUGACACAUCCUCGGGAUCAGUGCAGCUCAUCUCUAUCAAACCAUCUGCUCUGCCCGUGGUGCACCCUGCCUCAGACAGGGGCCAGGAGUCCUCAGCGGCACUCAAUGGUGAGGUGAACAAGGCUCUGAAACAGAAGUCAGACAUUGAGCACUACCGGAACAAACUGCGUCUGAAAGCUAAGAGGAAGGGGUAUUACGACUUCCCCCCAGGGGAAACAAGCAAAGGCCUGACAGAAAGGAAGAUGUACGAGAAAGUCCCAAAGGAAAUGGAGCACGUUUUGGACCCAGACCCAGAAGUGUGUGCCCCCUUUGCAGAGUCUAAAAACAGGCAACAGAUGAAGAACUCUGUCUACCGAAGCCGGCAGUCUCUGAACAGCCCGAGUCCAGGAGAAACCGAGAUGGACCUUCUGGUCACACGGGAGCGACCCCGGCGUGGAAUCCGGAACAGUGGAUACGAUACUGAACCCGAGAUCAUAGAGGAAACCAAUGUCGACAGAGUCCAUGAGCCCAGGGGCUACGGCAGGUCACGGCAGGUGAAAGGCCACUCAGAGACCUCCACACUGAGCUCACAACCCUCCAUCGACGAAGUCCGGCAGCAGAUGCACAUGCUUCUAGAGGAAGCCUUCAGCCUGGCAUCCGCUGGCCACGCAGGCCAAAGCCGGCACCCGGAGACCUACGGCUCUACUCAGCACCUGCCGUACUCGGAGGUGGUGACCAGCGCUCCAGGGACCAUGACACGGCCCAGGGCUGGAGUGCAGUGGGUGCCCACCUACCGGCCAGAAAUGUACCAAUACAGUCUGCCCCGACCGGCUUACAGGUUUUCCCAGCUUCCUGAAAUGGUCAUGGGCUCUCCCCCGCCACCCGUACCUCCCAGGACAGGUCCUGUGGCUGUGGCUUCCCUCAGGCGGUCCACCUCAGAUAUUGGCAGCAAGACCCGGAUGGCCGAGUCCACAGGACCUGAGCCCGCCCAGUUGCAUGACAGUGCCUCGUUUGCCCAGGUGUCCAGAGGUCCCGUGUCGGUGACGCAGUUGGAUCAAUCGGCUUUAAAUUACUCAGGUAACACUGUCCCAGCGGUGUUUGCCAUCCCAGCUGCCAACAGACCUGGCUUCACCGGCUACUUCAUCCCAACACCUCCCUCAUCCUACAGGAGCCAGGCCUGGAUGUCCUAUGCAGGAGAGAAUGAACUCCCAAGCCAGUGGGCUGAUUCGGUCCCUCUUCCUGGGUACAUCGAGGCCUAUCCCAGGUCACGUUAUCCACAGAGCUCACCCUCCAGGCUUCCUCGCCAGUAUAGCCAGCCAACCAACCUUCACCCAAGCCUAGAGCAGGCCCCUGCCCCCUCCGCAGCUGCCUCACAGCAGAGCCUGACAGAAAACGAGCCUCCAGACACUCCACUGACCAACAUUUCUACAGCAGCCCUCGUGAAGGCUAUCCGGGAGGAAGUGGCCAAGCUGGCCAAGAAGCAGACAGACAUGUUUGAGUUCCAGGUCUAACGCCUCAACCCUGAGGGAAUCUGCACUUGAAGACUGUGAGACAACAAACAGGCUUUGGGUUCCUCUCCCCUCAUAUGCUGGGGCUCCAGACAAUGCAUGGGUCUUUCUCAUCCUCGGAUUCUAAAAAUGUCAACAGUGCGUCUGCUGGGAAACAGAGACCUUGUCAGCAACUGGAUUCUGAAGUCUGCAACCCAUUGUGGGUCACCAAGUCCUGAGCUGGGACCCUGUGUUUAAUGUUGUGUUGGCCUGAAUGUUUGAAGUGUGGCUGGAAUUUCCCUAAGGAGCCCUAGUUGUGAGAAGCACUAGCUAGCCUGCAGGUUCCUGUCCAAUGUCCCAUUUUAGUAAAUCACCAGAAGGGAGAGAAUGCCUCUCUGUCUUCAGUGACCUCUGCAUGUUCUCUUUCUGUGUUAAAGGCAACACAGGAAUGUGAUUAACAACCAGACUGUACUCUAUCAUUGAGCCAUGACCGUGAUCGCUUUAAAAAUCACCUCCAGUCUGUAAGGGAGACACUGACUGUCCAACCAAGAAACUCGAGUCUCUUUGCUUUUAAAAGCUCAUGUUCAAAGUCAAAUAAAUUGGAUGGAAACCAGUUCCAAUGGCUGUGCCUAUAAAUAGUCCUGACUUUUCCCCCCGCAACACACACCUGUUAAUUAAAGGCCAAGAAAGAGAGACAAUGAGCCAGAAUGGUGGGCUUGUGUUGACAGACUGUUUAAAAGGUGUUGUCAUUUUGAAAAUAAAGUCUCCUGCAAAUUGGGAUCCAAAUGAAAGAGAAUUGGUGCUAAGAGACUUGGGAGCCUGUAAAAGAGAAGCAGUUAUUUGUAGAAGUUUUUCUUUGUAUUGAAGAGCCCAUCCAUCCAGGGGAAAUAAUAGAUAUAGCAACUUUAACAAGAUCUGUCUCCUCCAUAAUAGAGUCCAUCAUGUGCUGCUGAGUGGUACAAUGGAAACCAUCACUGAUUAUGUUAGAUGUGGGAAGGAUGGAUCCAGUCACCCCACACUGCAGCCUCUGCUUCUAGAAACUUCUAAAUGUAGAAAAUCUGAUUUGAAAUGAAAUGCAAAGCAUCUUUUUAAAAGUCUGUGUUCACCAGUUCUCUAUGGUGGAUGGACGCAAGAGGAUAUUUGCUGAGAUGGCAGGAUGCUACCCUGGGAUGGUGCUAUUCCAUGCUACUCUCCCUGGCACGGAGCAUCAGCCUACAGAGUCCUGGGUAGAAACACUGCCUCGCAGCUCUGGGGUACCAGCCACUGAUGACCCCUCUGUGCAAAUAAAACUGAUUUGGGGUACCAGAGGAAAAGAGAACCCUGGGAGCCAUGUAUGAGGUCAGGGGGCUUCUUUGGUGUCUGUUGGAGAAUAUGGUCCUAUCCUGCCUUCACCCAUGACCCAUCUGGCUUCAGCUGAACCAUGCUCCCCUGAACCCAUCUAUCCAUUGUCUUCAUGAGUUUCUUUGGCCUUUACUGGACUUAGAGGCUGAGAGAAGAGUAGGACUGGAACUGAUUAGGAUGGGGACUCACACUGUCAAAGCACAGACUUUCCCAAGAAGCUCUUUUUAUUUCCCUCUGGCAAAUUGUCCUUUCUGGAAUGUUCAGAGAUAUGUCAUGGAAUCCCCAGACAAGUCUCUUGUGAGGAUGACAUUAGGUAGUGUCCUUUUAGUAUGCCAGUUGAUCUUUCAUAGUGUUAGUUUUUUGUUACUUAAUAAGAAAUCAGCUAUAAAUAAAAUGUAUUUUUGUAAUUUCUGUGUGUAUAUAUGGUAUAUUUCUACCAAUGGCCAGUUGUAGUCCAAAACUGAAUUCAGCUUGCAGAACACUGUGGACAGUGCAAGACUUUACUGACAGAUUAACACAAUGCCUGAGUCCAUCCAAGCAGGCAUUCAAUGCACUUGAAUGAGCAAAGAGCCAAAGAAACUCAGCCUUUCAUGCAGAUUAUGUAAGUCUGAUAAAGCCAGCUACAUUGUUCCACUUUAUCAAUAAUAUCAAUAUUUCAUCAGUGCAGUGGUAUCAGCACAGUACUGUAUGGACUUGGUAAAUGUUUGGAAUAUGAGAGAGAAGUUUCUAGAUUAUAGAAUAUGAAUGCUUCAAGAGGCAAUGUCUAAGCUUUAGAGUCCAGUAACUUCCAGAUCAUGAGUCUAGAGUUAGCCAUGGUGUGGCCCCAGAUUGCCAGGACAAGGGAGCUACAGCUCACUGGGGUCUUUGCAGAACCCCAUAAAAUAUUUAAUUCAUUGAGACAAUUAAUAUAUAGCAUGAUAAAUCAGAUGCUAUUAAACUAGAUACCGUGGGUUUAAGAAGUCUAUUCGAGAAAACCUUAAAUUAAUAAAAGAAAAUGUGUUCAUGGUUUUUUACCAUCGUUAAAGCCUCUUGGAACUAAGAUGUCCCUUCUCUAAAGAGUCUCCUAAGCGUACAGAGGUGAUAGGUCCCAGGACAGGAGACCCACACAGAUGCAAACAUGGGGUUCCAUGAGAGCCCAGAGGAGGCAGCAGUGAGCUUAGAUUGUCCUGAUCUUCAGACAGGCACAGAGAAUCUUAGUGACUUGGAAGGAGGAAGCCCACGUCCAGACACAUACAUGGAGGGUUGAGCCCAAGCCUGCUGAUCCAUGCUCCAGCCUGCUCUCCAUUUCACCGUGCUGCCUGGACACUUGUUGGAGACACAUUUCUUUAACUGUGCCCAAAAUCUAAAAAAAAACAGGCAAGACUCAUAUGAGGAACUCCAUAAUACUCUUGCCAAGAAGGGGGGGGGGGGCACAAUUCGACUUUUUCCAGAAAGUACCACUGAAGAAACAAUGCCCUUAGUCAGAAGCCGGUGGAGGUAACUCACUCAUUUCAGCACCCUGAGUCAAGGAUGUGCUGACAUUCCAUCAGGUGACCCAGUAGGGCAAGAAUGUAAUGGCCUAUUGUGUGACCUGUACCUCUGAUCUGAGGUUUACGCAGGAACGAGGUGGCAACUGUAAACUAUGGAGCAGGGAAGUUGCCUCUGGAAGGGUUCAAGGCCACUCACUGUCCCAGGAGAGGCAAUGCUGUGUACUUGUUAUUUUAAGAGCCCAGAAAAAAAAAAGACAAAAGACAAAACAUGCCAUUUCUGAACAAUCUAGGAAAUCAUAAUAUCUGUGAUUGAAAAGAAAACCUUCUGUGAGAGUAGGUGGAAUGCAAGAGGUGUGAAAUUCUUACAUCGAAGUAAAAGGAACUCUUCCCUGCCAUGCAAAGAAUUGAAAUGGAUCAAAAAAUACUGAUUUCAUACAAAUGAGCCUCGUUUUUUUCCACAUAGCUUGAAGUUCAGUAUAUAAUGUCAUAGAAGUUUUCAAGUUUGAGAAAAAGUUCUGAACUUAAGCCUGGAUUUAGAAUUUGGACUUCCCUUUCAAAUUACAGUCCAAGACCCUUAAGGUUUAAGUAUAAUUUAGCUUGUCACCGACUGGGUCCAAGUAUUGGAAGUUACAUUCUGCCAUUUGGUCCAGCCUCAAAGGCGGUCCCAUCUGGGACCUUCUCAAGGACUAGAAACCUGCUCAGCCUUACUUCAGCACAGGGACCGACAGAAAGGCACCACGAUAAAUUACAGAAGCCAAAGGCAUAGGUGGGAAAGGCAGGGGAUCCCCAUCAACCAGCCUGUCUUCCUGAUGGCUUUCUCUGGCACUCUCUCCCCUCACCUGCUUUCGUCUGUCUCUCUCAACACACCUGCUUCACCCUCUUGCUUGCCUGGACCAACCGCCUUACUCACUAGUGCAUAUGGAGCCAAAUACGGACCCCAGAACUCACACCACACUUUUCCUUCCCAAUGCAGGCUACUCUCCGACUAGCAUCUUUGAGCCCCCUGUAGGCAAGUGCUUGAGGCUCUGAUUGGUCCAGUUCGUAUCUGCCUGUGGAUAAGCUGCCCUCAGGUCAGGUGCCCAUCCAGUCAGCUGUAAGCAUAGAGGCAGGGUUAUGUCCUACAAGCAUGGUCCCUGGAUUGACCCAUUUGGCAGGAGCUCUUGUUGAGGGUUGGCACCCAGGGGAAGGAACAUGAUCGGGAAGCAGGAUCAGGACUCCCUAAAGGAAGCUGCCGCAGACUGGAACUGACCACACCCCUAAGAUACCACCUGGCAGCUGGUAUUCAGAGGGAAGUCCUCUAGAUACUGCCCAUCACCCCAGGGAAGGCGGCUCCUACUUGUACAUCAGGUGAGAGUGCACACACUUGAGUGAACCCCCUGUAGACUGGCUAGACUGACCCCAGACGCUUCCCACCCCUACCCACACUAGUUCCUGAAUGCCACUGCUGGGCCCCAGAAGAGACCUCUGACCAAGGCCCAGUUAACCUAGUGUCGUGCUCAGCAGACAAUACAUACUUGUAAAUUGAACUGCAUGGUCUUAGCUCAGGUGCUAUUAUCGUGGCUCCGGCCACACAUUUGCAUGGAUGAGAAAACUGAUGCGCCUCUCCAGAGUCUCUUUGAAACAAAAUAGGUUUCCAGUGAAAAUGACGCCACGGUGGCUCUGACCUUCCGGCUAUUAGAAGUUAGUGCCCUGAGAACAGAAGGGUCUCCGGAUUGCUUGUGUGAGCUGUUACAGAACCCUAGGUGGGCGCAGAUACUGAAAUGUAGGUGUUCCUGAAAAGGGACAUUUAGGAAAUUAAUUGUACCAGAAGCAAAUUCUCUUAGAAGAUGUUGAGUGGCUUUGAUUUUGUAGGUUUCAAAAAGUGGGAAAUUUCGAGAAGGUAGAAUUUGUCCACAGAGGUCAAACCCAUAGUUGAGUUAGAGCCAUCCUAUAUAAAUCUGGAACAUCCUAUGAUAAAUCUAGAGACUAAUUGUUUCGUCCUCUGGCCUUGCUCAGAUUCUCGUAAAUGAUGCAAAGAGGCCAUCCAAUGUACUUUACAUAAAUUAACCGUGGCCUCACCUUCCUCUCUUUCUUCUCUUCUUUGGGUCUAAACUCACCUCCAUCUUCACAUAAAUUAAGGAGAGAAAAGAAAGGAGAAAUGUACUAAACAAAAUCAGAGGAGUGUUGCUGGGCUGGAAUUUUUGAGAAGGUGUAAAUAUUCUAGAACUUGAGUGACUCGCUUUGAACUGGUCUGCGACUCCUCAUGGAUCAAAUGGGAAUAAUAGUAUAUGUACUUCCUACCUCCCAUGGUGGUUGUGAGGCCUGUGUGCACAAUGUGUCUGAACAUGGUUGGAAAGUAUAUCGGAAGAAUUCGCUAUUAAAACCAUUCAUUUCACAGUUCAGUUUGAUCCGGCUCCUGCUCCCCACUGAGUUAAUUUGAGUUGUCAUGUGUUCAGUGACACAACUUCUUAUCAAGGAAAGAGAAAGGAAUUCUGCAGAUUGUAAUUGCCCACAAAAGUCAGCCCACAUGGAGUUGCUGUUAUCGUUGUUUGUCCCCUGUGGUUUGGAGGGUGUGUAAGUGUCUCCACGUGUGCUUUGACUCUGGGUGGAAAAAACCAGACUGUGGUUCUCUCAAACCACUCUGGAUGCAUUGGGCAAAGUACAGCACAGGAGCUUUGAAUGUAGCUGUUGUUAUUUCAAUGCUUAGCUUUCCAAUUAACUUUGUACGUCCUUUGCCUCUGCCGGGAACAGAGUGUUCAUACGCUGUUAGAAUUUUUUAUUGUAAAAUAAAAUGACAAAGGCUUUCAUAUCCCAAAA